AUGGACAAGCGUCUUCAAGCUAUUGAUGUAGAAAUUGGAUCAAUUGAUAUCAAGAUGAAUAGUCUUGAAGGACUCAUAGAAAAAAACACGACAGUUAUUUCAUAUCAAAAUACGGCAUUGUCACCUACUGCCCAUGGAGAUCAGCAAGAUUUGGAUUUGAGUUGGGAAAAUGCGUUGAAUUUGAUUCGAUCUUUGGAUCAUAUGGAACUUGAAGCUGCUGUAGGGUUAUUUUUGGAGGAUAUCAUUGAAUAUCGUGUUGUUGCUGAAGAGUCUCAGAUACGAAUACAAGAGCGAGAAAACGUCAUUGCGGAGCUGAAGCGCAUGACGGAGGUGUUACGUGCUACUGCAUUGGCUCAAUCUGAGACCAUACAAGAAAGAAGGCGAGAGGUCGAGGCAGUAGUGAAUUCAGUAUCUGUGACCGAUGUCAUAAUGGACGAGGAAGCUGAGCACACCCAGCAUUCGUUUAGUGAAAUGAAUCCUACUCAAGGCACAUACGAUCAAGACGUUCGGCGGCAUGAUUUUGCAGAUCCUUGUUUUUCCGAGAUUUCUACCGAGCCAUUACAGUGCAUUAAAUCAUCCAAUCAAUCUUGUGAUCGAGUUUACGAAACGUCGGUCAAUGAUAACAAUGAAGGCGAUUAUUGGGCUACUCUGCAGUCUACCAAAGUCAAACCCUGUCCUCCAAUGCGUGAUGAGAACAUCAAGGUUUGCAAAUCUGGUAGUCGAAGAUCACUCAAAACUACUAGUUCAAUAGAAGAUCUUCCCAAACUCCCAAAUGCCUUGCUAGAUUCACUACCACGAAAUCAAGCAGAGGUAGCUCGACUGAUCAUUGGGUCUGAUUUAACCAGUACGACAGAGUCAACACUUUUAAACCAUAUACAAGGCUUGGUUGGACAAUCUCUGUCCAAGGCAUUACCUUUAUCAAAUGCAAGGGCUUCGUUUAGUCCUACAAGAGGAUCGCCAAAUAGUGGAAAACAAAGUCUUAAAAUUUCAGAUCCAGAUGUUUCUACAGCCGUUGCUCUUGGCUCGGCUGGAAGACGCAAAAGUGUGCGUGAACUAUCUCCUAUUCGAGGACGAAACCAGACUUUGGGUAUGGCUUCCACUCUUUCUACAGCAACAACAAAUGCGGCUAAUUUUGACAGUGGUAGUGCUUUAGCCAAACCGAAUGUGAAUCCCAUUGAAGCACCAUAUAGCGUUAUGACUCGAUCUCGCGCAGCCAAAAGCACUCAUUCACAGCAACAUGGAGGAUCGACACGACGGCAGUCUGUUGAGCAGACGGUUCAAACAGGAGAAGGAAGUGUGACUAAUACACAGUCUAGCACGAAUGUGGCAGGAUCACUCAAGCAUCGAUUGUCCAUGUCACCUGUACGGCCUCUGCCUGUGUGGCGAAACACGGACGCGAGCGCAUCUGGUGAUAUUGCUAUAAAAGAUUUGACAAAUCUGAGUGGUAAUUUUAUUAAUCAUGGACGAUGGCAUGCUGGAUCAACAGCGAUUUCACCGCCAUUGAUGGCCGGACUGUUGUCUGGACCUAUUGCACAUGCUUUAUUAGCAGGCUGUGGAGGGUCGAGUGGUAACUCUGUUGCAUUGAGUUCGACUGCCUCGACACUUACUCAGCCAUCACCAUCUGACGGUGCAUUAGCCCUUGGAUCAGAGCCAUCUAUGGCUUCAGUAGCCGGGACUACAGUUUCUUCCAACACUGCCACUCAUGGAGUUGGUCAGACUAAUACAACGACACAUUCAAACACAACCCCAUCUAUAUCAGCCUGCAGUACAGGAGCAAUGGGAGGAAUUGAUGUAUUUGAGCGAUUGGCCAAUGCUCAUACAUUAGCCAGUCAAGCUAAAGUUAUUCAACGGGUAGUAGUUGAUAAGGAUGCGUUAAUGCAAGAGAUUGCCAAUGGUAAGGUGUCUGGAACUGGUACUAUAGAUUCAAUGCCAUUGUAA